GCAUAUUAUGCUUCUCGUAAUUACACAAUGCCCGCUAUUGAGCGGCGAAUUGCAGAAUUAUUAGAAAGAAGAAUCGGUGCCUUAGAAGGAUUGCCAACAGAAACUACGAAGGAACGACUCGCAAAGUAUAAGGAAAAUCGGAAUGCACGACAGGGUUGGCUGAAAACGACUCAUCGCCAUGUUUUGGAAAUGGUGGCAUAUAUAUUAAAUACCGAUCCGUCCAUAUUAGAAGAAGGAAUUAUCGAUAAGGACGAAUAUGUAAAUGCAUUCACUAGUUUCUUUGCCGAAGGUGGAAGACAAGCAGUAGUUAUUUACUAUCAGCCAAUGCCACCACCAUCCUUUGAUUCAGGACGUUGGACUGUGCAAUAUGAUAACGAGCAAGAAAUGUUGCGGUGCUGCGUAACAGAUGGUUCCACUGAGAAAUUUUGUGGGAAGUGCGUUAUCGUAUAUCGUCUGCGAUCGAAUGCCGAUUUUGAAUUAAAACAGUUACUCGAAGAAACGUAUUAUGCAUAUGCUGAAGUGGAUCCUGCGACCGGAAAUGCUCUUGCUGGAAUAUCAGAACUUAUUUCGCGUCUUAAUGAACGUGCUAUAUCUGUUAAUAACCAGUGGGGAGAGUUAUCAAAAACGGAAGCUGGACUCAAGAUAAAGCAGAACUUUAUUGGAGACUUCAAAGAUUUUUGUGAUUUCUUAAACAUGACUAAGCUCGACUUAGAGGGUGCUGUCAAGUUUUAUACUAAUUGGGAAUUAUACAAAAAAUAUUUGUCAACGCCUGAAAGUGUUAUGACUAACGCGAGAAAUCUUGAUAUUAUUCUUGAAGUUGAAGCUAACGUCAAAUUAUGGAUGAAGAGUAUGGAACGUGCCAUCGUUGAGAGUCAGCAAUUACGCAGAGAAACUGAAACAGUUGGACCAACUGCUGAACUGACAUAUUGGAGAAGAAUUCUCGCACGGUUUUCAUCGAUCGUAGAGCAUAUCAAGUCACCAUAUACACAGAAAUUUAUUCAACUUUUGAUUCAAGCUAAAUCGAAGCUUAUAAAAAAAUGGAAACGGUUGGAUAAUCAUGUCACAACUGUACAGAUAUUAUCUCAAGAUAAUGUACGGUAUCUAUAUGCACUUGAAAAAUUCACUCAGCCACUAUACAGAUUGGAUCCAACAAAAAUAGGAGAUUAUCUUUCUGGAUUAAUGUAUGCAAUAAGAAUGAUUUAUGCGACGUCACGAUUUUUUAAUACAAGACGUAUGGUGACGGCGGUUUUUGUAAAGAUGACAAAUCAAAUGAUUUUAGCGUGCAAAGCCUAUUUGACUAAGAACGGAACGAUCCAGAUAUGGGAUGACGCUAAAUGUGAUAUGAUUUCGAGAAUGCAGAAUUGUAUGAAAUUGUAUCAGCAGUAUUACGACUGUUACAAUAAAAUGCGUAAAAAGGUAAAAGAGUGUCCAGACGAAAAACCCUUUGAGGUCUCUGAAAUGUACGUUUUUGGAAAAUUCAAAACAUUCAAUAUAAGAAUGAAUAAGCUGAUAGACGUUUUACAAUCUGCAAUCAUGUACUCUAUUCUGCACAGUUCAACUAUAGAAGGGAUUGAUGUCUUUGCACAAAAGUUUUCCGGGUUUUUCCAAAAAAUUGCGACGCAGUCUUACGAUCCCCUAGAUCAUAGAAAACCGUAUUUUGAUUCGGACUAUGAUGAAUUUAAGAAGAGUGUCAUGGAAGCAGAAAUGGAACUACGAAACUUUUUCUUCAAAACAGUAUCGAUGGUACCAGACAUAGUGGAGGCAUUGCGAUUAGUAAACAGAUUCCAGAAAUUACAUUUGAAACGUCUGAGAAUCGAUCGUAAAUAUUUAGAGCUCGUUAUAAUGUACCAACAAGAAGUUGAACGAGUACGUGAUAGAUACAAUGAGGAUAGAUCAGAUCCUCCAUUACCGCGCAACAUCCCACCAGUUGCUGGUCGAAUUUUAUGGAUUCGUCAGCUUUAUAGACGCGUCGAAAUGCCUAUGGAUAUUUUUAAAACACGUAAACGAGUGGUGAUGCAUGAAAGAAUGCAAAAAUGCAUUAAAAUAUACAACGCGCUUAUCAGUGUCUUUAUACAUUAUGAAAUUAUAUAUCAUAAAGCAUGGUACGACUCCGCUGAAAUCGUACGCUUAGCUCUCUCAUCGCCACUGCUUAUCCGUCAUCCAAAAACUAACAAGUACUGUUUAAAUUUCGAUCCUUACAUUCCGGAAGUGAUACGGGAGGCUGAGCACAUGUCCAGAUUUGGAUUAGAAGUACCGGAUUUUAUAGAGAUAAUAACAUUUUGCAAGGAAAAAAUAUUUUCUUCUUACGAAACCGUAAAAAAAUUAGUAGAAGAGAACAAUGAUUUACGGCGGUCCAUACCUGUGUUAUUUUUGAAACUGAUGAAUUCCGCAUUCGUAAAACUUGAGUUGGCUUUUCAACCUUGUCUGUCAGUGGUUACGUGGGCUUCAUUGAAGAUUCCUCAAGUAUGCGCCGAUAUAAAGAACUCAAUCAGGGACGUGGGAAUCUUUGCUAAGGAAGUGAAGGAUAUGAAGGAAGCCAGAGUGGAUGAAGUAUUCGAGUCCAUAGCGGAGACGAAGCUCAUAAAACUUGUGAAUUAUCCACAAAGUGCGAUUCAAUUCUCGACGGACAAUUUAUCCUUUAGAAACCUAAUGGCGGUGGAAUUGGAAAUAAAAUCAUCAGCCGCUGAAAAGGCUGUCAUAACUAUCAUUAAUAAAUUUAUGGACUUAAUAACGGAUCCAAAUGUCGAGGAUAUAAAGUAUCAUUGGAUGGAUCAAGAAAAAGCAAAUAAACAAGUUGGAUCACAGACGAAAUUAACAAAAGGACCCUUUGAACCAGGUUUUGGAAAUAUUGAUAGAACGAACAAAAUUAAUAUACAUCGGGUACAUAACGACUGUAUGGAAAUGUUUGCAUAUUUCAAUUUUAAAUUAAUCGAAGCUUUAGUCAAGUGUACCAAAAUUUCAUUAGACGCUUUGAAAAAACGUGUCGGUACUUCGAGUGUAUUGCUGCGAGAAAAUAUUGAAGGAGGGGAAGCUCCAAUAAUGUCAACUCAAUUUGUGCUGCAAAUACCCAAUAUCGUUAUAAUGCCACCAAUAGAGGAGAUGCAGCACCAUUUUGCAAGAGUAAUAACAAACUUAAUAGAGACCCAUAAAGGGGUGAUUAUGUGGGGGCAGAGAUACUCACCGACGCCCAAAAAAAGAACAUCCCUUGGAAUUGACAUAGAUGAUGAUAAUGUACAACCCUUAAAAAAUUAUCAUCAAAGCGUCGUAGAACAUAAGGAAAUUAUUCGCUGUUCUAUGAGCUUACAAGGAGCGAUGCUUAUGGUAAAAGACGACAUAACAAUGCUUGGAAAUUCAUAUUUACGAUACUCUUAUCUCUGGGCGGAGGACAGAGUCUCGCAAAUUCAAAAAUUCGUAGACUCAGAUCCCAUAACUCAGGAGAUAAAAGAGAAAUUGAUGGAAUACGAGGAAAUAUCUGCUGAAAUACAAAGUCUUCCAGAUCAUCAUAUAGUCGGUCCCAUUCAAAUUAAUAUGGGUAAUUUCAUAGACAAAUUAAAGUUAGCAUUAUUGGUUGAAUCCGGCGCUUGGAAAACAUCCUUGGGCAUUAUUCUCUCAACGACCUACAAGGAAAAAUUGCGACGAAUUACUGAUUAUAUUAAUGAUAAGAAUAAAGUCUUGGCUCGCAAGAUAAAGGACCUCGAGGAUGUUAGAGUGGCUAUGAAAUGUCUUGGGCAGAUAAGGGAUGAUUUUAUAUCUUUGGACAUGGAGUUAAUAUUAAUCGAGGAGACAUACACUUUAAUGGGAAAGUUUAAUAUUGAUGUCACGAAGGAAGAACAAGACACAGUUGACAGUUUGCGCUAUAAUUUCACCAAUAUGUUACACACGGCGAAACAGGUUCAAGCAAUUAUAUGCGAGAUGCAAGAACCCCUGAAGAAAGAAUUAAUUGAUGGCGUCGCAGUUCUUAAGAAGGACGUGGCUGAAUUUGAUCUAGACUUUGAAAUUAAUGGACCGAUGGUCGAAGGGAUACCAGCUAAAGAAGCGAGUGAACGUGUUAUCUUGUUCCAAUCGCGCUUUGACGAAUUAUGGGAAAGAUAUGAAACGUACAGCAGUGGCGAGACCUUAUUUGGAUUGGAAGUAACUGAAUAUCCGAUAUUACAGCAACGUAAAAAGGAAUUUAAUUUAUUGCAAAAACUUUAUGGUUUAUAUUUGCAAGUUAUGCGCUCUAUUGAUGGUUACUUUGAGAUUCCUUGGUCAGAAAUAGACACGGACUCGAUUAUAGCUGAACUGGCCGAGUUUCAGAACAAAUGUCGUAAGUUACCGAAAGGUAUGAGAGAAUGGCCGGCUUAUAUUGAUUUGAAGAAAAAAAUUGAUGAUUUCAAUGAAACAUGUCCCUUGUUGGAACUGAUGGCUAAUAAAGCCAUGAAGGAACGUCAUUGGGAAAGAAUGUCAAAGUUAUGUAAUUAUUUCUUCGACAUCGAAUCAGAGUCUUUUACAUUGGCUAAUGUUAUGGAAGCGCCUUUAUUAAAAUAUAAGGACGAAGUAGAGGAUAUAUGCAUAAGUGCCGUAAAGGAGAAAGAUAUCGAAAGCAAAUUAAAGCAAGUUAUAGCCGACUGGGCGAUUGUUAAUUUACAAUUUACAAACUUUAAGCAGCGAGGAGAAUUGCAACUUAAAGGUGCGGAAACUGGAGAAAUAAUAUCACAGCUGGAGGAUAGUUUAAUGAUUAUCAGUUCAUUGAUGGCUAACCGCUACAAUGCACCAUUUAAAAAAGAAAUCCAACUAUGGCAAAGUAAGCUGAGUAACACUUCAGAAAUAUUGGCAAAAUGGUUGAACGUACAGAAUUUGUGGGCCUAUCUCGAAGCUGUUUUUAUCGGCGGCGAUAUAUCCAAACAGCUUCCAGCUGAAGCGAAACGUUUUAAUAGUAUCGAUAAAUCCUGGGUUAAGCUUAUGUACCGUGCACAUGAAAAACUUAACGCAGUGGAAACAUGUACAGGAGACGAAACAAUGGGUCAAUUCUUACCGCAUUUGCUGGAACAAUUGGAAUCUUGUCAAAAAUCAUUAAGUGGUUAUUUGGAAACAAAACGAGUGAUAUUUCCAAGAUUCUGCUUUAUAUCGGAUCCCAGUUUAUUGGAAAUACUCGGACAAGCGGCUGAUUGCCAUACUAUACAGAAUUAUCUGGAUGGCUUCUUCGAUAAUAUUGGAAAGCUGGAUUUCUCGGAGAAGGAAUACGAAAAAAUUAUCGCUAUGUAUUCGAGGGAGAAUGAGAAAAUUGUGCUUGAAAAAGAAGUCGUAUGCACUGGCGGUGUUGAGAAUUGGUUGAAUUCACUGUUGAAGAUGCAUCAGCAAUCGGUUGGCGCCGUUAUUGCGCAAGGAUUACAAUUACUGUCUACCCCUGAAAUGGAAAUAUUAUCAUUGAUAGACACAUCUGUUCUUCAGGUUGGUUUGUUGGCUAUUCAAGUGUUGUGGACGAGAGACUCGGAAAUUGCAAUUGUUUCUGCUAAACGAGAUAAAUCAAUAAUGAAAAAGACCAAUCAAUGGUUUUUGGAAUUAUUAAAUGGACUUAUUGAAGUAACUGUAAAGGACCUUUCGAAAUAUGCACGUGCAAAAUAUGAAGCUUUGAUUACAAUACACGUCCACCAAAGAGAUAUUUUUGAUGAAUUAUGUCGUUUGAAAAUAAGAAGUAUUCAAGAUUUCGAAUGGCUUAAGCAGGCAAGAUUUUAUUUUGACGAGGAUACCGAAGAUGUACCUAUUAGAAUCACUGAUGUAGAUUUUAUUUAUCAAAACGAGUUUUUGGGAUGCACUGAUCGUCUCGCUAUUACGCCACUUACUGAUAGAUGUUACAUAACUCUUGCUCAGGCAGUUGGUAUGAAUUUUGGAGGUGCUCCAGCUGGACCAGCUGGAACUGGUAAAACAGAAACGACCAAAGAUAUGGGUAAAGCUCUUGGGAAAUAUGUAGUUAUAUUCAAUUGCUCCGACCAAAUGGAUUUCCGUGGAUUGGGCAGAAUUUUUAAGGGAUUGGCCCAGGCUGGAGCUUGGGGCUGUUUUGAUGAGUUUAAUCGGAUCGAUUUGCCUGUUUUAUCUGUCGCUGCGCAGCAAAUAGCGAUUGUAUUAACAGCGAGAAAAGAGAAAAAGACAUCAUUCGUAUUUAGCGACGGCGAAACCUAUUCCAUUGAUUAUGAAUUUGGAUUAUUCAUUACGAUGAAUCCAGGUUAUGCAGGACGCCAGGAACUACCAGAAAAUUUGAAAAUAAUGUUUAGAAGUGUAGCAAUGAUGGUACCGGACAGACAGAUAAUAAUGCGAGUAAAAUUAGCUGCGUGCGGCUUUAAAGAAAAUGUUAUGUUAUCUCGCAAAUUUUUUACAUUGUAUAAACUUUGCGAGGAACAGCUCAGUAAACAAGUCCACUACGACUUCGGUUUGCGAAAUAUAUUGUCAUGUUUGCGAACUCUCGGUGCACAGAAACGUGCGCAUCCCGGUGAUUCAGAAGAGACGACCCUAAUGAGAGUUUUACGAGAUAUGAAUUUAUCGAAAUUAGUAGAUGAAGACGAACCCCUCUUCAUGUCGUUAAUUGAGGAUAUGUUCCCAGGAAUUAAAUUAACAACUCAGACAUACAAGGAAUUGCAGAAAGGAAUAGCAAAUGCUACUACUGCCCUUGGCAUAAUGAAUCAUCCGGAAUGGAAUUUAAAAGCCGUCCAAUUAUACGAAACGUCUCUAGUUCGACAUGGCUUGAUGGUACUUGGUCCAACAGGAUCUGGAAAAACAAGGUGUAUGUGGGCGUUGAUGAGAGCCAUGACGGAGAUGGGAAUACCACAUAAGGAAGUUAGAAUGAAUCCCAAAGCUAUAACAGCAUCUCAAAUGUUUGGAAGACUCGACGUAGCGACGAAUGAUUGGACUGAUGGAAUAUUUAGUACAUUAUGGAGACGUUCAACUCAACUAAAGAAAACUGAUAAUCUAUGGAUCGUAUUGGAUGGUCCAGUGGAUGCUGUAUGGAUUGAAAAUUUGAAUUCAGUUCUCGAUGAUAAUAAGACACUGACACUGGCGAAUGGGGAUCGUAUUAUCAUGGCAUCAAACAGUAAACUGGUGUUCGAACCAGAUAAUGUUGAUAACGCAUCGCCCGCGACUAUUUCGCGAAUGGGAAUGGUCUUUGUUAGCGCUUCCGUAUUGAAAUGGAAACCAAUACUCGAGGGCUGGUUCAAGCGACGUUCGGGCCACGAUGUUGAGGUUCUUCGUGAACUUUUUGAUCGCUUGUACGGAGAUGCACAUACGUUUGUUCAAACGAAGCUUCAAGCAAAAAUGUCGCUUUUGGAAGCACUAUACAUACGGCAGUGUACUGAUUUAUUAGAGGGGUUACUUGCCUUUGAUUCUGACCCGUCCAAAUCUUUGAGCGAUUCGCAUAUUGAAAGGCUUUUUUUAUUCGCCGUUAUGUGGAGUUUGGGGGCUGUUCUUGAACUGGAGGAUCGCAACGCAUUGCAAGAAUUUGUUUUGUCUCAUGAGUCAAAAUGCGAUUGGCCAAAGUGUGCAGAUGAUGAAAUAAUUUUCGAAUUUCUUGUUUCCGAAAAAGGAAGUUGGAUACAUUGGAAUGAAAAAGUCCCUGUUUUUGAGUAUCCAUCAGAUAGUGUUUUGGAUUAUUAUAAAAUUUUAGUACCAAACGUGGACAACACCAGAACCUUGUUUUUAAUAGAUACUAUUGCGAAACAAGAAAAAGCUGUUCUUUUAAUUGGUGAACAGGGGACAGCAAAGACAGUUAUGCUGAAAAGUUAUAUGUCCCAGCAUGACCCUGAAUUUCAUUUAAAUAAAUCCUUUAAUUUUUCAUCGGCAUCCACCCCGAAUAUGGUUCAGCGCAUAUUUGAAAGUUACGUGGAGAAACGCGUAGGAACAACUUACGGUCCUCCUGGUGGUAGGAAAAUGACUGUCUUCAUAGACGACAUAAAUAUGCCAGUGAUAAAUGAAUGGGGUGAUCAAGUCACAAAUGAAAUCGUUCGACAAUUAAUGGAAUACAAAGGGUUCUACUCGUUAGAUAAACCCGGUGACUUUUCAUUUAUUCAAGACAUCAUGUUACUCGCUGCCAUGAUACAUCCUGGCGGUGGACGCAAUGACAUUCCACCGCGAUUAAAAAGGCAGUUUAAUAUAUUUAACUGCACUUUGCCAUCGAAUAGGUCGAUGGAUACGAUUUUCAGCGCCAUAGGAAUGGGUUACUUUUGCGAUAGCAGAUUCUCGGAGGUCAUCGUGAAUUUCUUACCCAAGUUAAUUCCAUUAACGCGAGUUUUGUGGCAGCAGACUAAGAUCAAAAUGCUACCCACUCCGGCGAAGUUUCAUUACGUCUUCAAUUUGCGGGAUUUGUCGCGAAUAUGGGAAGGAAUAUUGAGAGUCGAAAGAGACGAGUGUCAAAGUAUCACGACAUUAUUAAAGCUCUGGGAUCAUGAAUGUACAAGAGUCAUAUCUGAUCGAUUCACAAAUUUUGCUGAUAAGGAAUGGUUUCAAAAUACAAUGAGGUUCACAGCUGAAAAAUUACUUGGAUCAGAUUAUCAAUAUUAUGAACCAGUGGAAACUUACUUUGUUAACUUUUUACGAGAACCUCCGGAGCCAACGGGCGACGAACCAGACGAUUAUGUUAUCGAAGCUCCAAAAAUAUACGAGGAGAUACCUAAUUACCAAGUUGUCAUAGCAAAAGUUCAUCAGAACAUGGAACAAUUCAACGAAUACAUACGUGGCAUGCACCUUGAUUUGGUCUUCUUUCACGAUGCUCUGGUGCACUUGAUAAGAAUAUCAAGAAUUCUUGGUGUACCUAGAGGAAACGCCAUGUUGGUUGGCGUUGGAGGAUCCGGAAAACAAAGCUUGACAAGACUUUCAUCCUUUAUUGCGGGUUUCAACUUCUUCCAAAUUGUCUUGACACGGAGUUACAAUGUCGGAAGCUUGAUGGACGACUUGCGUAAACUGUAUCGGGACUCUGGAGCUGGUACCAAGGGAGUCACCUUUAUAUUCACUGAUAAUGAAAUAAAGGAUGAGGCUUUCUUAGAAUACAUUAAUAACGUCUUAAGUGUCGGCGAGGUCGCAAAUCUUUUUGCGAAAGACGAAUUGGAUGAAAUAUUGACGAACAUUGUGCCUCUUAUGAAAAAGGACGAUCCAAGACGGCCACCGACGCCUGAUAAUUUAUACGAUUAUUUCAUAUCAAGAGCUCGAAAUAAUUUACAUCUGGUACUCUGCUUUUCGCCGGUUGGCGAAAAGUUUAGAUCAAGAUCGUUAAAAUUUCCUGGCCUCAUAUCUGGCUGUACUAUGAACUGGUUCACUAGGUGGCCGAAAGAUGCACUCUGUGCUGUCAGUGAACACUUUUUGGGCCAUUACAAAGUAAUAUGUUCUCCGGAAAUUAAGCAGCAAUUGAUCCAAGUAAUGGGUGAUGUGCAGGAUGACGUGGGCGAUACUUGCGUUGACUAUUAUAACAGAUUCCGACGACAAACAUUUGUCACUCCAAAAUCGUUUCUAUCAUUCAUCGAUGGUUAUAAAGUAAUAUAUAAACAACGUCUGGAUAAUAUAAAUACAAUGGCUUUUCGAAUGAGCAAUGGUUUAAGUAAGCUAGUCGACGCAGCAGCACAAGUCGAUGAGUUGAGGAAAGUAUUGGAGAAGAAUCAAGAGGAAAUCGCUGUGAAGAAUAUACAAGUUGAAGCAAUACUCAUUACGGUGAAUGAGAAAAAGAGGGACGCGGAAACAGUUAAAGCUCACGUUCAGACAUCGAAGGACGAGGCGGAAGCACUUUUGAAAAUAAUUUCAAAAGAAAAGGCCGUCGCCGAGGAAAAAUUAAAAGACGCAGAACCGGCUUUGCUCGAGGCUGAAGCGGCGCUUCAGACCAUAAAAGCUGCUGACAUCUCCACAGUACGUAAAUUAGGAAAACCACCGUAUUUAAUUACCCUCAUUAUGGACUGCGUAUUAAUUUUGUUUGGGAGAAAAUUGGAACCCGUGAAACCCGAUCCAGACAAACUAUUCUUAUGCGCUUCUUGGUCCGAAGCAUUGAAGAUGAUGGCUGACACAAGAUUUUUAUACAAUUUACAACAUUUUCCGAAAGACAAUAUCAAUGGUGAGACUGUUGAUUUAAUGAGGCCGUAUUUGAAUUUCCAUAUGUACACUUAUGAAGCUGCGAUGCAAGCGUGUGGAAAUGUUGCGGGCCUUAUACAGUGGACUAUAUCUAUGGUCACGUUUUAUGGCAUAAAUAAGGAUGUACUUCCUUUGAAGGCAAACUUAGCAGUGCAGCAGGCUAAACACGAUAAAGCUAAUCGUAAUCUGGCAGAUGCGGAAAAGCUUCUCAGAGCCAAAGACGAGGAUUUGAAGCAAGUGCAGAAAGAAUUUGACGGAGUGAUGAGCGAGCGUCAGAAAGUAGUCGAUCUGGCCGAGGCUUGUCAAGCAAAAAUGGAUGCUGCCACAGCUAUGAUCGACGGAUUAUCGGGGGAACGAAUCCGAUGGACUGAUCAAUUGGCAACGUUUAAGUCAGAGGUCGACAGACUCAUUGGAGAUGUAUUGAUUUUAACAGGAUUUCUAUCGUAUUGCGGACCUUUCAAUCAGGAAUUUCGAAUUCUACUACAAAGGAAGUGGUUCGAGUUUCUACAGAGUCGAAAGAUCCCUGUUUCUGUCACCAUAAACAUUAUAGACUCACUGACAGAUACAGCGACGACUGGCGAAUGGAAUUUACAAGGACUUCCAAACGAUGAACUUUCUAUACAAAACGGAAUAAUUGUAACAAAGGCUACGAGGUAUCCUUUACUAAUUGAUCCUCAGCUACAGGGCAAGACGUGGAUUAAAAAUAAGGAGAAAGAUUUUGAUAUGCAGAUGACACUGCUGUCACAUAAAUAUUUUCGAAAUCACUUGGAAGAUUGCGUCUCGAUUGGUCGACCAUUACUGAUAGAAGAUGUAGCCGAAGAAUUAGACCCAGUGUUGGAUAAUUUAUUGGAAAAAAAUUUUAUAAAAAUAGGAACAUCCUUGAAGGUAAAACUUGGCGAUAAGGAAGUCGAUAUACAUAAAGACUUCCGACUAUAUAUCACGACAAAACUUCCUAAUCCAUCUUAUACUCCAGAAAUAUUCGCUCGCACAUCGAUAAUUGACUUCACUGUUACAAUGAAAGGAUUAGAGGAUCAGCUGUUAGGUAGAGUGAUAUUAACUGAAAAACGAGAAUUGGAAACUGAAAGAACACAAUUAAUCACGGAUGUUACUGCGAAUAAACGUAAAAUCAAGGAAUUAGAAGCAAACUUACUUCACAAGUUAACGACGGUUCAAGGGCCGCUCAUCGAAGACGUCGAGUUAAUGUCGGUCCUGAACAACACGAAGCAAACGGCUGCCGAAGUUAAUGAGAAACUUACCAUCGCGAGAGAUACAGAAAUCAAAAUUAAUGCAGCUCGAGAGGAGUUCCGACCAGUUGCAACACGAGGGAGCGUCCUGUACUUUCUAGUUUGUGACAUGGCGCAAGUUAAUUGCAUGUAUCAAACAGCUCUCGCCCAGUUCUUAGAAAGAUUUGAUCUUUCAAUGGCGAGAUCUGAAAAAAGUCCUGUCAACCAACGAAGAAUUAAUUUCAUCAUCGAAUACCUGACUUACGAAGUGUUCAAGUACAAAGCACGUGGUCUCUAUGAGAAUCAUAAAUACAUGUUUAUACUACUCAUGACCCUGAAAAUUGAUUUGCAAAAGGGCGCCAUCACUCACGAAGAAUUUCAAUAUUUCAUAAAGGGUGGCGCAGCAUUGGAUCUGAAUGCAGUUGCGCCAAAGCCUUGCAAAUGGAUUACCGACAUGACUUGGUUGAAUUUAGUUGCGCUGUCAGCUUUGAGACAGUUUCAGUAUAUUGUGUCACAGGUACCAGCUGCUGAAAAAGUUUGGAAAUUUUGGUUCGACAAGGAUGCACCUGAAGAAGAAAUCAUACCAGAUGGUUAUAACGUACUCGAUACUUUCCGCCGUUUAUUAAUGAUAAGGGCAUGGUGCUUGGACAGAGCUUUAUCCCAGUCGCGAAAAUACAUAGCUAAUUCAUUAGGAUCAAAGUAUGCUGAACCUGUAAUUACACUUCUGGACGUGAUGCUCGCUGAAUCCAGACCAAAUACGCCAAUGAUUUGUUUCUUGAGCAUGGGUUCAGAUCCCACUCCAAGUAUUGAGCAGCUAGCAAAAAAGAUGGAAGUAAUGUGCAGAAGUAUUUCAAUGGGUCAAGGUCAAGAAGUUCAUGCAAGAAAAUUAUUGAACUAUGCAAAAACCGAGGGAUUCUGGGCACUCUGUCAAAAUUGUCACUUGGGUCUUGAAUAUAUGGCUGAGCUAGUGAACUUUAUAUUAGAUAUGGAAGCGCCACAUCCAAAUUUUCGAAUAUGGAUCACGACUGAACCCCAUAAAGAUUUUCCUAUAUCUUUGCUACAAAUGUCUAUAAAAUUCACAUAUGAACCACCACAAGGUAUUCGCGCAGGAUUAUUGGCGACGUACAGUGGUAUGAAUCAAGAAAUGUUAGAUCAGUGUGACGCCAUUCAGUAUAUUCCACUAAUUUACGCCGUGUCCUUUUUGCAUACUGUUGUUCAGGAACGGCGUAAAUUUGGUCCACUCGGUUGGAAUAUCCCGUACGAAUUUAAUUCAGCCGACUGGCUAGCUUCUUGUAUGUUCAUGAAUAAUCAUUUAAAUGAUUACGACCCGAAGCGUGGAAUAAGUUGGCAAACUGUGAGAUAUAUGAUUGGUGAAGUUCAAUACGGUGGCCGUGUCACUGAUGAUUAUGAUAAAAGACUUUUGAACACGUUUGCAAAAGUCUGGUUCUCCGAAGCACUUUUCCUUGAAGGAUAUACGUUUUUCAAAGGAUAUUCAAUUUUGAGCUUUAAACAAGUUUCUGAUUAUUUAAAAGCCAUUGAUGCAAUGGCUACUGUCGAUCCGCCGCAGGUUUAUGGGCUUCAUCCCAAUGCAGAUAUUACAUAUCAAAGUAAUGCUACACAGGAUGUAUUGGACACAAUAAUAUCUGUACAGCCGAAGGAAGCAGGAGGUGGUGGAGGUGAAUCAAGAGAAGUAUCAGUGACAAGACAAACUAAAGAAAUGUUAGAAAAAUUACCACCAGCUUAUGAUCCGUUUGAAGUGAAAGAAAGAUUAAAAAUAAUGGGAACUACCGCGUCGAUGAAUAUUUUCCUGAAACAAGAGAUAGAUCGAAUGCAAAAAGUGAUUAAAUUGGUUCGAGUGACAUUAAAAGAUCUUCUGCUGGCAAUAGAAGGUGUUAUUAUAAUGAAUGAGCAACUUAGAGAUGCUCUGGAUAAUAUCUAUGACGCAAGGAUCCCACAAUUAUGGAAAGCACGAUCGUGGGAAUCCUCAACCCUUGGGUUUUGGUUUACUGAAUUACUCGAGAGAAAUCAACAAUUCUCAACAUGGAUAUUCUCAGGCAGACCACCGCAAUUUUGGAUGACAGGAUUCUUUAAUCCACAAGGAUUUUUAACUGCAAUGAGGCAGGAAGUAACUCGUGCUCACAAGGGUUGGGCUUUGGAUAAUGUUACAUUGCAUAACGAAGUCACUCGAUAUACCCGGGAAGAAGUUCGAACCGCACCAAACGAGGGCGUCUUCGUUUACGGACUUUUCUUAGAAGGCGCUGGAUGGGACAAAAGAAAUAACAAGCUCUGCGAAUCGGCAAAUAAGGUGUUAUAUAUAAUUAUGCCGGUUAUACACAUUUUUGCCCUAUAUAACAACCCGGAUAAAAAUCCAAAAUUGUAUCAGUGCCCUGUAUAUAAGAAACCUAAAAGGACUUACGUACUUCUCAUCACACCCCUGUGGCUUAAUACGACAAAGUCACCAGACUUUUGGGUCAUGCGCGGAGUCGCUCUACUCUGUGAUAUUAAAUAAUAUAUGAGAUCUACAACUUUGAUUAACUGCUCACAAUAAAUAAUUUUUUAAACGCCUUAGUAAUUUUGAGCCUUACGAACCAUUAUUUAUACUUGAACAAUAUAUUAUACUUAUAUUUUUUGUUACGUAUCUUGUGUUUAAUUUCUUAAGUUUCUUUCUUUCUUAUUACUACAUACAAUUUUAUUAUAUACUUAAGUGAGAGUAUUAAGAUAAUUUUCGAAACGUGCUACUACUUUUUAUCGCAUCUAUUUGAAUAUCCAUAUUUCAACAUUUAUGAGAACCCUCAAACUUCUAAGGGUGACUAGUUUCUGGUUUACAUACAUUCUCAUAAUAGAACUAUUUUAAUAUACCCAGAAGUUUUCUAGAGCAUUAUUCAAAUGUAUUAGGGGAUGGCAAUGUG